AUGAGUGAUAGCAAUUCAAGUAACUCGGUCCCAAUCAUUCAGCCAUGGGAAAAGUCCUCUAGCCCAUAUUUUUGGUCCAAUAGUGACAAUCCUGGUGUGUUAUUAGUUGUACAAUAUCUCACUGAGGAUAACUACAGCAUCUGGAGUAGGGCUAUUCUCAUAGCUCUGGAUGUCAAAUCUAAAAUAGGUUUCAUUGAUGGGUCUCUGUUGAAGCUUCAAUCUGUGGAUCAUCCUCUCUACACUGCUUGGAUCUUUAGUCAAAGUGUGGUUUAUUUCAAGACAGCUAGGGAGGUUUGGUUGGACUUACAACACAGAUUCUCUCAAGGCAAUGGACCACACAUUUUUGAGUUAAGACAAGAAAUUUGCUCUUUAGCACAAGAGGAUUUGAGCAUCAGUAGCUACUACACCAAGUUUAAGUCAUUGUGGCAAGAACUUUUAGAUUAUAGAAAUUGUUCUUGUGGUCAUCAGGCAGAAGACUGUGUUAUGUCUUUUCUGAUGGGCCUCAAUGAAACUUAUACCAUAGUUAGAGGGCAAAUUCUACUGAUGGAUCCCAUUCCUUCCAUGGGCAAGGUAUUUUCUCUCUUGAUUCAAGAUGAGAAACAAAGAAAGGUUGGCAAGAAGAAUUCCAUUGAGUCUUCUGCUCUAGCAGUCAAGGCUAAUGGUUCUAGCAAGUCAUUCAAUAAAGCUAAGUCUGGCAAACCACAAUGCACUCAUUGUGGUGUUUCGGGCCAUGUUGUUGACAAGUGCUACAAGCUUUACGGGUACCCCCCUGGUUAUAAGUUCAAGAACAAGGGUUCACAAGCUACUUCUUUUGCCAAUAAUUUUGUAGUAGCUGAUGCUUCUCUUAAUGAAAGUGUCAACUUGACUCAUUUAGAGUAUCAACAAUUACUUAGCUUGCUAAAUUCCCAUAGUCACUUUGGUACACAAGCACCACCAGGAGGAGGUUCUGACACACGCCAAGUUGCCAAUAUUAUCACUCAGCCUACCAUUACUCUUUAG